AUGCCAGAACUCAAUGAGGUUCGCUACACGGAGAGUGCAUCGGUCGGUGCCAUCAAGAAAUUCUUCCAAUUUCUCACAAAAAUGUAUCUCGACGAAGCGUCUGUGGAAUGGCCACCUGAAGGGGGCUGGCCUAUGAUAACUGAGGGUGCUUUUGGAAGUCUGGGAAAAUCAGAUAUAGUUAUCUCUCUGCUGCGCCAAAUUCCAUAUCUUCGACACUUGGACCUUCCAGAAUGGGAGCGACCUCAGGGUGCUCCCGGAGCAAAUUUCUGUAACUGGACAAAGUACACCAAGGGCAACGAAAGUGUGGAUCCUGCGAAGGAAUAUGGCCUCACAAUGCUUACUGAGGGGUCCGUAUCGUUCGCAACUACUCCUUUCAUUAUUGGUCUAAUGGAGGGUGGCCGAGACUCUCCCCUUGUCGUACUUGACACCAAGUAUGGGAUUGCCUACUGGCCGGAAUGCCCCGACGAGAUCAGACACGAGACCAGCCAGGAGCAAGUUCAGGACGAUUGCGACGCAUGGGCUUCUCAAGAAGAGGCUAAUUGGCGUUGCGAUGCCCCAGCUUGGACGAUUCCCGACUUCUUUGCAAUGCUCCGGGAGCAGUUCGAGCAGCUUCGCUUCAUACCAGUCAAUUCCAGGCAGGUGAUUGACUCGUACUCCGGGUACUCAGACGAUGGCGAGAUGGAGUCUAUGCUGCAGAGAAUUUAUCAAGAGCAUGGAUGGCCGGAUCUCGAGCAUUACAAGAAAGAAGAAUGCAUCCAGGCCGUGGAGCAGGCCUUGGCAGAGCAAUAUCCUGACUUUGAACUGUCUUAA